AUGGCGACGACGACGACGACUCAAGUCCGUAUGCGGGGCAGACCCGCCCACACCAGAGGACCAACGUAUCUCUCCUAUACUCCCGAUGGAACGAAACUCAUCACUGUGGGCUCGAACAAUACCACGCGUGUAUACAAGACGGGCUUUGAUGGGGAGCCUACCAAUAUUGACGACUGUCCUGAGCAGAAUACUGGAGUUGCAUCUACUAACGAUUUCUUCGUUGUUGGUUCCGAGGAUGGGAACAUUAGCAGGUUCUCCUUGGAGACCAUGUCCUACGAGAAGUACCUGACACGAUGCUCUCUCCCGAUCCGCGAUGUCACCCUUUCGCCUGAUGGACAAUGGUGUGCCGUUUCUAGUGACGAAUUAAUUGUCAAGAUCAUCAAGACAGACGAGACAAGCUCAGUGAUGACCUUGAGAGAACAGCCGAAACCCGUUAAACACGUAUCCUUCGAUCCCACUGGGAAAUAUAUCACACUGUCAUGUACUGAUGGGAUAGUUUACGUCUACUCGAUCCAGGACGAUACGCCAGAGCUCAUACGAAAGGUGGAUGGGUUGAUCCGGAUCGCAGAGACGGAGGACGAGGUAUCUACAAAGGUUGUAUGGCAUCCGGACGGCAGAGCCUUCGCUGCUCCUACAGCAACACGAGAUAUCCAAGUGAUGUCCCGAGGAGACUGGGAGAACCAAAGAUCAUUCGCGAACGGGCACAAUGGGGAUAUCACUGCAUUGGCUUGGUCUCCUAAUGGAGCAAUGCUGGUAUCUGCUGGAAAAGAUAGAAAGGUGGUUCUCUGGGCGACCAAGACCCAGAAGGUGAUUGCAACUUACGACUACGCCAAUGUUAUGGACCUGGCCUGGCACCCUACCAAAAACCUGCUCUCUUUCACCAGUACUGAGGGUGAGGUUUACAUCUACAACGACUUCGUUCCAGCGGAACAUGCAAACUCAAUCGGACUACCCCUUCAGCCCUCCCCAUUCAUCCAUGAUCCUCUCUCUGAAAUGUCAGCGAAUGUUCGAAGACCAACGGCCAAUGGUCAGAAAGACAUCCCGAACCGUGGUCUUCGAAGGGGCACACCGGACAGUCUCGAUGAUAUACUUGGGUCAGACAUCAUGGGCGAUGAGGACGAUUUCGUUGUCGAUGAUGAUGGUGCUGGAUACGCCUUGCGACUGAAUGGAAACGGGAAAAGACCCAGUGGGGAAGCCCACAUUUCAGGCCCCAUAAGCAAGAGACGCGCUCAAAAUUGGGAGCCGCAAUACCACGAGUCUUUCCAACCAGGAUCAACACCCUGGCGUGGAAAUAGGAAAUAUCUCUGCCUGAACCUCAUUGGAUUCGUUUGGACAGUUGACCAGGAUACUCAUCAUACUGUGACUGUGGAGUUCUACGACCAUGAAUAUCAUCGCGACUUUCAUUUCACAGACACGUUCUUGUAUGAUAAAGCGUGUCUGAAUGAAAAUGGUGCCCUGUUUUCGUGCCCGGCACAUGAUGAUACACCAGCGACUAUAUUCUAUCGACCACACGAAACAUGGACGGCCCGGUCGGAUUGGCGAACCCCAUUACCGGAGGGUGAGGAUGUGACGGCGAUCUCGUUGAGCGAUUCAUUCGUCACAGUCACCACUACCGCCAAUUAUGUUAGAGUAUACACGCUAUUUGGUAUUCCGUACAGAGUCUAUAGACAGAAGAGCAGUCCUGCAGUCACUUGUGCAAGCUGGCGAGAUUAUGUGCUUACCCUUGGAAAUGGGCCAGUCGGUGCCGAUGGUAAUGCUACGCUACUGUAUACUAUUCAGAACAUCAAGAGAGACGAGAUCUGUCAAAGUGAGGAUGUGGUAGCUCUUCCAGACGGCGAGACACUAAAGAGUGUGUUCUUCUCUGAUAAUGGAGACCCUUGUAUCUAUGAUUCGACUGGAACUCUCUUGACCCUUCUUCACUGGCGGGAGCCAUCACAAGCCGUCUGGGUUCCUCUCCUAGAUACCAAGCUUCUCUCCCGCCUUGCAUCAGGUCGGAAGACAGAAACCUACUUCCCCGUCGCCGUCGCCGAUAACAAGUUCCACUGCAUCAUUCUCAAAGGAGGUGAUCAAUACCCCUAUUUUCCGCGUCCAUUACUUUCAGAGUUUGAAUUUGAGAUUCCAUUGUCGUCGAAUUCGAAACCGGACAGAGGCAAUGGGGAUAUGGAAGUUGAAGAGAACGAUGGCGACGAGCUGAAAAAGCUGGAAGGUGCUUAUGUGCUCAACAGCCUUCUGACUUCGCAGCAACAAGAUUUGGUCAACAACACAAAAGCCACUCACACACAGCGUGCAGCACUUGCGAGAAUGGAGCUGGAACUUGACAAGACACUGCUACAGAUGAUGGCAGUAGAGUGCCGUGAGGGCGAGGAGAGAGGUAUGCGAGCCUUGGAAAUGGUUACUUUACUCAAGGAUAGAACUGGUAGGAUGAUUGAGGCUGCUGGCAAGGUAGCCUCGAGGUACGAGAGACACGUACUGGGUGAAAAAAUCAGGGAAAUUGGCGAGGCAAGGCUUUUGGGUGAGACGGAAGAGGAAUGA